AUGAAAAAUUAUUCUACUAUCGCUGAACCUCUUCAAGAACUGACUCGUGGAAAUGGCCUUAAACCUUUCGUUUGGACUGUAGCAUGCCAAAAAUCUUUCGAUGAGUUAAAGAAUUUACUCAUCUCAGCACCAAUUGUAUCCUAUCCUAGGUUCGAUCUACCGUUUAUUUUACAAUCCGACGCUUCUGAUUAUGGUCUAGGGGCAGUGCUAGCCCAACAAAUAAAAGGAGAAGAUGGAAUCGAACGAGAACAUGUUAUAGGUUACGCUAGUCGUACGCUAAGCGACGUAGAACGGAGAUACAGCAUUCCGGAACGAGAAUGUUUAGCUGUCGUCUGGGCCUGUACACACUUUAGAGCUUAUAUUGAAGGAGUUAAAGUGAAGGUAUUAACUGAUCAUAAGGCACUAAAAUGGCUUCAAAACACCAAGGAUCUUUCUAGCAGAUUAGCACGCUGGGCAAUGAGAUUAGCCGCUUAUGACCUGGAUAUCGGUCAUAGACCAGGAGUGCAGAACGCUAACGCAGAUGCUCUUUCCCGGUAUCCACUAGAUGAGACCAAACAAGAAAUUGGGGGCCAACCGGCUGAAGAAAUUAUUCCGAUUUCGCUUUUUAAUAUCAAUCUAUCGAGUAGUCUUAGUUUACUACAAGAAAUUAAGAACGCUCAAUGGGAAGACAAAGAUCUCAUACCUAUUCUUAACUUCCUUCAAAAUCAAAGUCUAUCUCCUAAUCCUGGUCUUCAUAAGAAAAUUACCGCGCUAGCUCAAAAACAUCGGGUGAUAGAUGGCGUAUUAUAUCGAAUAUAUCCUUCUCCGAUAAAUACACAUUCAAACAUUCAAACACG